AUGCUUGACCGAAUCGCACGGUCGGACGCUCACUUCAAACACCAGCAGAGAGACGAGCCGGAUCUGAUGCCGAAAGAAAAACUUGAAAUCACGUCCGAUAUUUUAAAGAUGAACGAACCUGCCCUUUGGACAGUGUGUUAUGAUUUACUUCGCUGCUACCUGAAGGCAGGUGGGGAGUAUUUCAGCGAGGACGAGAUGAAGUGGCGAGAUCCCUGGCUCUAUAAUCAAAUGGUGGGACAGUAUCUGACGGAGGAAGACAUCCAGGAUAAAGUCGACAAGUCGGAUCUGAGAUUUUCCUCGGUGCUUUUGAAACACAUGGACCAGCUGAGAGAGAACGCCUGGUAUGAAAUUCUGAAGCAAAAAGAGGAGGGACAGACAGAGGAAGAGGAGGAAAGCGAGGAGGAAGAAGAAAAAGGUUUCACAUGCUUGAUUAUUUAUCUCUUGUUUCUCAAUUAA